AUGCCUCGCAAUGGCGCUCUCCAGGUCGCUGCCAAGCGCACCGCGUUCGGAGACGUCAGCAAUACGGUCAAAAACCUUGCCGUCUCAUCCUACGACCAGAUCCCGGGCAAGGGAAAGGUUGUCGAGAUCAGCUACAGCAAGGAGAACGCCGUCAGCAGCAAGGAUGGAUUCUCACGACCAGCUCAACGAUCCACCGCUCUAGGUAACAAGGCUGCUCCAGCUGCAGCAGAGUGGAAGCAGCCGAAAUCUUCACUUCGAAACGAUGCGCAGCCCAAGCAGAUCACGAAGCGAGCCUCUGUGGCCCACCUGCAUGAAGCUCGGCCAUCGAGAGGCAAGUACGUUGCUCAAGAUCCGAUCCCCGUGACAACAGAUUCUUCCAGCCGACAACCUCGUCAUCACAAGUCGCAACCUCAGCUUAAGAAGGAGCCAGCUGCGCACGUCUUGAGGCGCACCCAGAGCAAAUUGUCCACAACCUCUACACAAGCUCCGGCCACGGAAUCUUGGAAGCCAAUGGAAGAUGUAACGGAAGCUGCCUACGAGGAUGCUGUCGAACACAUUGGCGACGAGCAGUAUCACGGCCCCUAUCACCGACGCUCUCUGGAAGUCGCGGAUGAUGCCCGACCUCUUGAGGUUGAAUUCCAAGAUGAGAAUGCUUCUGCCGAUUCGGCCGUUGACAAGCCUCAACCUAUUGAAACCCUUGCCGAAUCGGUGGGCGCUCCUACCCUCUCCGAGACGGAGGAGUACUGGGACGAGGAGGAUGAGGAGGAACUUUACGAUGAUCAGGGAUACACAACUGCCCACUCCUACCGGUCUCGGGGUGACCUAACCACUGGUGGCGCCACGACCGUCUUGGCCCCCAAGAUGACCGAAAAGGUACAGCAAGAGUUGGAGACAGCCCGAGCCAUUGUUGAGAGUACCCGUACCCAGGAGGAGGUAGAUGACGAAGUUUGGGAUGUUUGCAUGGUCGCAGAAUACGGCGAUGAGAUUUUCGAAUACAUGAGGGAACUCGAGAUGAAGAUGCUUCCCGAUCCUCACUACAUGGACCACCAAGCGGAAAUCCAGUGGUCCAUGCGCUCAGUGUUGAUGGACUGGCUUGUUCAAGUCCACCAUCGGUUCAGCCUACUGCCUGAGACGUUGUUCCUUACGGUCAAUUACAUUGAUCGCUUCCUUUCAUACAAGGUUGUUUCCAUUGGCAAGCUUCAGCUCGUUGGCGCUACCGCCUUGCUUGUGGCCUCCAAGUAUGAGGAAAUCAACUGUCCGUCUCUGCAAGAGAUUGUCUUCAUGGUGGACAACGGCUACAAGGUUGACGAGAUUCUGAAGGCUGAGCGAUUCAUGCUUAGCAUGCUGAGCUUUGAGCUUGGCUUUCCCGGUCCGAUGAGCUUCCUGCGGCGUGUCAGUAAGGCGGACGACUAUGACCUCGAGACGCGCACACUGGCGAAGUACUUCUUGGAGGUUACCAUCAUGGACGAGCGCUUUGUCGCCAGCCCACCCAGCUUCCUUGCUGCGGCAGCGCACUGCUUGUCUCGCUUGAUUCUGAAGAAGGGCGACUGGACUCCCGCACAUGUUCAUUACUCUGGAUACACCUGGCCCCAGCUUAAGAACUUGGUCUCCAUGAUUCUAGAAUGCUGCAGCUCACCUCGCAAGCACCAUCUCGCGGUGUUUGAAAAGUACUCAGAUAAGAGAUACAAGCGCGCGGCCGAGUAUGUCCAGACGGAGCUUAGCAAGGGCUUCAGUCUUCCCCACCGUCACUCCACUGGCCGUCCUUCAGCGUUCGACUUCAGCGAUCUUGACAACAACGCUGGCUACUCCAAGGCGACAGUGCCUGUCGAGCUCCAGGACUAG